AUGAUUAUAACAAAUGUUGCCGAGUAUGAAGCGAUUGCAAAGGAAAAGUUGCCAAAGAUGAUUUAUGACCACUAUGCAUCAGGGGCAGAGGAUGAGUGGACAUUGAAAGAGAACCGAAAUGCAUUCUCAAGGAUUCUAUUCAGGCCGCGUAUUCUCGUGGAUGUAAGCAAGAUCGACUUGACAACAACUGUAUUAGGCUUCAAAAUAUCAAUGCCGAUUAUGAUUUCUCCUACGUCCGUGCAAAAGAUGGCUCACCCCGAAGGAGAGUGCGCUACUGCUAGAGCAGCAUCAGCAGCUGGCACCAUCAUGACACUAGCCACAGAGGGUUCUUUUAGUGUUGAGGAGGUUGCUUCAACUGGACCUGGCAUUCGUUUCCUCCAACUCUAUGUGUUUAAGGACAGAAAUCUAGUUACUCAACUAGUGAGAAGAGCUGAAAAUGCUGAUUUCAAGGCAAUUGUCCUUACUGCAGACACUCCAGUGUGUGGUCACAGGGAGGCUAACAUAAAAAACAGAUUUGCAUUUCCAUCAUACGUGAAAUUUAAGAAUCACCAAGACACGGAUCUUGAAAAGACUAAAGACUCUAAUCCCGCCUCCAUUGUUAGUGAUCUAUACGACCAAUCACUCAGCUGGAAGGAUGUAAAAUGGCUUCAAACAAUAACCUCAUUGCCAAUCAUAAUCAAGGGUGUACUUACCGCUGAAGAUACUAGGUUAGCCAUACAAGCAGGAGCUUCUGGAAUCAUUGUUUCCAAUCAUGGUGCUCGCCAACUCGACUAUGUCCCUGCAACUAUUACGGCUUUGGAAGAGGUUGUGCAAGCUGCAGAAGGAAGAGUUCCUGUUUUUAUGGACGGUGGAGUUCGUCGAGGGACAGAUGUUUUUAAAGCACUGGCUCUCGGAGCAAGUGGCGUGUUUAUUGGAAGACCUGUGGUGUUCUCGUUGGUGGCUGAUGGCGAGGCUGGUGUAAGAAAAGUACUUGAGAUGCUUCAUGACGAGCUUGAAAUAACCAUGGCACUUUGCGGCUGCUCUUCGCUUAAGGACAUAACUCGUGACCAUGUUGUAACAGAAUGCGACCGCCGAAGAAUUGCUCCUAGGUUAUGA